CCACCCUGUCCCACCCUGGAGCCCCCAUUCGGCUUUGGGAGGACCUGCAGCAGCUACUUGUGCAUCACAAAAUGAGGCCCUGGGAACAUCAGCGGCGACGGGGUGGGGGUAGCGGCGAGGCUGUGUCCCCAGAGAGGCCCUGCCGUAGUCCUCCAUUCUCCGGGUUGUGCCCAGGCCCCGAGAGGCACAACAAGACCCCAUGGGUGCAGCUGGAGGGUGCCUCCCACUCGCCAUCCCCUUUGGAUGGGGCGGAAAACCCCCAAGGAAGUCCUAGCGCAGUUCACGUUGCCCCAGCCGACCACGUGAGGGCGCGCCCUGUGUUAGUUUGGACAAAUUAAAGCUCCUCUUGCGGGCAGGCCUGGAGCCCCCCAGGCCGGGUCAGGGCUCGGGUGUCCGUGGCAUUCUCUGGGCUGCCGGCCGCCAAGCUCCUGGCCGUGGGUCCUCCCCUGGGGCCCGCGCUAUUGGCCUCCAAACGAGGUGCCCCCCUCCUCUCGCGCUCCCGCAGCCUAGGGUGCACCUCUCCGUUCGCCUUUGCUGAGCUCUUCCAGGACGCAAGCCGCCUCUCCACUGCGUUGGGAGCUCAGGCCCCGUCUGGGGCGCCCCGCUGCGGGCGCAGUGGCGCUGGAGAGGCGCGGUCCGAGUAGCCAGCGGCCAGAGAAGGGGCUCCAAGAAGCACAAGUUGGAGCUGGCCCCGGACCAGGCUGUUGUUGUUCUCAACGUGGUCCGCCAUGAACCUAUAAAAAGCCGAGAGACUCGCCCUCUUCGCCAGAGCGCAACGCGCACGCUCAGCGAGCUCUGGAGGCGCUAGUGGAAGCAGCGGCGGCCGCGCGCGUUCGGCGGGAUUCCUCUUCUCUUCGGCUCGACUUAGGUCUGCGUCCCCAGCUCCAGCCGCCGGCUCGGACUCAGUCGCCGACCCCAACUCGGUCCCCUAACCCGGCCCCGGCUCCGGGCCCCCCAACCCUCGCUCCGGCCCGGCCCGGCCCCCACCCCAGCCCUGCCGCCCGGCCCCAGGCCCGGCCGCGGCCGCUCCCGCCUGGAGCCGCCGCGCGCCCCCAGCCCCCCUGCACCCCCUCGGCCCCUCGCCUUCCUUUUCCCGGCGCGGCCUCCCGGCUUCCGCGCGCCGCCGGCCACCAACCCGCUUGCUACCAUGUCCGUGGAGCUCGAGGAGGCCCUGCCGGUGACGACCGCCGAGGGAAUGGCCAAGAAGGUGACCAAAGCUGGCGGCUCGGCGGCGCUCUCCCCAUCUAAGAAAAGGAAGAACAGCAAGAAGAAGAACCAGCCGGGCAAGUACAGCCAGCUGGUGGUGGAGACCAUUCGUAGGCUGGGCGAGCGCAACGGCUCGUCGCUGGCCAAGAUCUACACCGAGGCCAAGAAGGUGCCGUGGUUCGACCAGCAGAACGGGCGCACUUACCUCAAGUACUCCAUCAAGGCGCUGGUGCAGAACGACACGCUUCUGCAGGUGAAGGGCACCGGCGCCAACGGCUCAUUCAAGCUCAACCGCAAGAAGCUGGAGGGCGGCGGAGAGCGGCGGGGAGCCCAGGCGGCCGCCACCGCCCCAGUGCCUGCCGCGCACAAAGCAAAGAAGGCGGCCCCGGGCGCGGCCGGCUCCAGGCGCAGCGCAGACAAGAAGCCCGCCAGGGGCCAGAAGCCGGAACAGCGCUCGCACAAGAAGGGCGCUACCACCAAGAAGGACAAAGGCGGCAAGGCUAAGAAGACGGCGGCCGCAGGGGGCAAGAAGGUGAAGAAGGCGGCCAAGCCCAGCGUCCCCAAAGUACCCAAGGGCCGCAAGUGAGCCCGCCGGCCCGGUCCGAGUGGCCGGCAUGGGCUUUUUGGUGUUUUUGUUUUUCUACCCCAAGUGACGUAGAUUUUGUAAGGCUUGCCCUGGUUGGGGCCGCGGGGCCUGUCUCAGCCGCAGGGAGGGGCCCCGAGUCCUCUCCGUCCCUCCCCUCCCCCGACGAUGUAGCAGCGUUUUUCGUUGUUUGCUUUAGGUUUUUGAAACAGCCCUGGCGACGCCUCUAUUGGCUCUCGGCCUUGGCAACGGCCGUCGUCAUGGUUACUGGCCCCUAGGCGCCAAAAUCCGAGGCCGCGCCUGCCCACCCGGGCUGGGUCCGCUGGUUGGCCGAGCCCAGGCGCGCGGGUACGCGGUAGUAGCCGCGCAUCCCUUCCUGGCUUCCCCACCCUCUCUGCCUUUGGGUGCGCGACAAACAAUCGCUCCGGGCUCAGGGCUGCGCGGCGCUUCCCUUCAUUCCGUGGGUCUUUUUUGGGCACAAUAAAGCGUUUAAACCUUUCA